UGAGUUAUGAGCAGUUUUUGGUGUGACUUGAAAAGAUGAAACCUCUAAAUAAUGCAGUUUUGCAGGUCAGAUCAAAGGAAAGACGAAUGCAAAACCUAAUGAGGACGAAUUAUCGCAUCGUCAGGAAUUUCAUAUGCCAGGAUGAUGUCAAUUUCAAGCAAGUGUGGCAAAUGCAGUCAUCAAGCUUAGUAUCUUAUGAAAGCAAUCGUCUCUAUGCUGACAACUACACAAGAUGCUUUUCUUGGUGUGGUCACAAUGGAAAACCAUCGCGUCUCUACAAGCUUCCCAAGGUCCCAGCCAAAGAGAAGGUUGAAGAUGCCCUUGUGUGUGAAUUCCAUCCGGAGGAUGCAAAUGACGACACCAGGCCACACCUUAUCACUCUGACAAAAGAUAAGUGGAUCAGAAGACGUGAUCUCAACACAGGGCGUGUUCUUCAAUCAGUCUACCUCCACCCUCGACUCAACUUCAACUAUCUCAAUUGGAAUGCGGAGGGGUUUUCAUUUAUUGUCAAGACAACCAAAUCACAAACUAAUCAAUUCAUGAGAGCAGCUGAUGUCCAAUCCAACAUUCUUCUUACAAUGGCCGUAUUCACCAUCUAUCCAUUAGAGUUGAAAGCAUGCAUGGAGAUUGAUCGUAGGGUGUUUGGUAGUGAUACUACUGGUGCCCAUCUAGAUGGAGGCAACAUCCUGUUCACUGCUCACCAACGAGGGCUUGUCCGAUUCUACAGCCUUGAGAGAAUACUAGACGAGCACCCUAGUGAACUUCGUCUAGGAGAUGACUUUCCAAAUGGUGACGCAGAAGGAUGCAAGAUUGGGGGGUUUCCUCAUGGAAUACCUAUCACACUCAAACUCACAGAGAAACCAGCAGUGCUAUUUGAAGUGCGUUGUUUUGAGCACGAUAUCAAGUUUGGGGGAUUCCCCUGGCAUUUCAUGAUUUCACCGCCAACGCAAAGGGGAGAUCCCAGCGAGAUCAUGGUCUAUAGUCUAGAAAACAAGGAACUGGCAAUAAAUGGAACGUUAGAACGUAACAUUGUAGCUGCGGACAAUGGCAUGCCCACAUCUUUUUUCUAUUAUGAUGGUUCAGAUCGCAUCAUCAACACUAAGAUGCGUUCCCUUAGUGUACUGAAAUUCAAGCAACAUGAAGAUGGGCGGAGUGAGCUGGUGGAGGACCAUGUGAUAAACCCCUGGCCUUACCGCGACGAUCGCAAGCUUGAGAGAAAAAUGAAAGAAAUGGGAACAUCGUUGUCAAGCAGUGGUAGACUUAUUAGGCAUCGGCAGUAUGGCGAUUUUUCUUACGAUGAGGAGGCCUCGAUGUAUGAAGCAUUCAGCGAGGAGAUGAUUAAUAACUUCGGCUGUGAAACUGAUAUGGACAUCUUAGCUAUUUCUAUGGCUACCAGAGACUUUGAUACCAAUAGUCUAAUCGGCCACGUGACCCUCCAUGACUGUCCAACGGGACACCUCCUGAAGACAUUCAGGAUGCCUGGAGAAUGGGAUGAGUAUGUUGAGCACCAUAUUUCGCUGGACCUUGACACUUUGGUCCACAGCUACAAGGAGGGAUCAGGGAAGUGGAUGUGCCAGGUCUUCAGAGCUCAAAGAGAACACAAGGAAUCAUCGAAGAGGAGAACCGGUAAACGGCCCCACAGGUCCAGGAAAAGGUAGCAUCCAGUGUGAGUGCUUAUUGAAUCGUCUUGUCGUCGGAUUCGAUCACUUUUCUGAUUUUGAUAGGAUGAGGAGCAUAGAUGUACGUCUGUUGGCAUCCACAGUGAGUGCACAUCGAGCUGUUUGUCAUAGCAGAAUCGUAGGCCAGUGGUCUAUGCGCCAGACAUGUGAAGAUCAGGGUCCGAGCCCCGUUAUGGCACUAGUAAAACACCACACAGGUGCAAUAAAAGGUAACGGCUACUCUUGAGUGGUUAUUAUGAGCUGUUUUUGUUGCAGUUGAAUUACAGUCAAGUGGUCUAUGCGCUAAAAAGGUGAAGAUCAGGGUUCAAGCCCCAUCACAAAACUGGCAGAGGUAAACAACUGCAAAGGUUCAGGAAAAGUUUGCUUCUACUGUGAGAGCCCAUUGAGCUUUUAGUUGAAGCUGUUGUGUUGCAGUUGAAUCAUAGUCUCAUGGUUAAUGCGCUAGACACAUGAAGAUAGGAUUCAAGCCCCCAUGACAGCACUGGCAGAGGUUAACAGCCACACAGGUCCAGGAAUAGGUAGCACAAUAUAGAGCACAGCGUUUUGAUUGUGCUGAAUUUCACGAUUGAACACAAUUGUGCAAUUAACCAUAGAAAUCAGCUCCGUUACGGGUCUAAGUAGAUGUAAUUAUGAUAGAAAUUACUAUAACAUAAAGAUGCUUUAUUACAUCCUGACAAACCAUUAUGAUAUCAUAUAUAACUCUUGACACCGUGAUGAAAUGAUCAUGUCAUGAGUUUGUUACAAUUUUAUCCAAAUGAAGUGAAUUGUG